GUGUUUCCCAGUGAUGACGGCUCCCUACAGAAGAAAUUAAAAGUCUGGUUCCGGAUUCCAAACCAGUUUCAGAGCAAUCCACCGGUUCCCACGGAUGACAGCGUUAAGAUCGAGGAGAGAGAAAGCAUCACUGUCUAUUCCCUGUAAGGAGAUGAUUCUUUAGGCAUCCAAGGCUAACACCUGAUCUCCAUAACCACUCCUUGACCAUCUGCAGCGCCUCCCAACCUACUUAUUUGGCUGCCUUGCCCCAACACUGCUACCUGAGGGUGUGGCUUUUUCUGGAGCUAACACUAAUGCUGGGAACGUGAGCUGGGCUGCUCUGGGCAGUCGUAGGCCGGGUGACGCACGCCCCCCAGAGGACAGUGAGUGUACUGCAGCCAGCCGGGACGCGGCCCUCGAACCUCCGAACCUCCGGCUCCUCUGCUCCACUCAUCAUUCAGACCUCCCAGCCUUCACUACAGAGGCUGCAAAACUCUAGGCCUUGCAGGAACCUGAGUGAGGGCCUCCACUCCUUCCGCCCAUUUGGGGAGAGAUUAAAGAAGCUGAGAUUGUCUCCUUCUUACUCAUUGGCAGUUACAACCUCGCAGCCAGCAGAGCCUCAACUUCCAGCGUGGACACAGAGAAGGGAAACAGAAGUCCAUUCUCGUGAGGUCCACCCACAAGUCACCAUGUAUGAGGACUGUGUCAAGUCCACUGAGGACUAUUAUUUCGUCUGUGACAACGAGGGAGCAUGGGGCAUUGUUCUCGAGUCCCUGGCAAUAAUCGGCAUAGUAGUUACAAUUAUACUACUCUUGGCAUUUCUCUUCCUCAUGCGAAGGGUUCAAGACGGCAGCCUGUGGAAUACCCUCCCCACUCAGUUCCUCUUCCUCCUGGGUGUGCUGGGACUCUUUAGCCUCUCAUUUGCCUUCAUUGCUCAGUUCAAUCAGCAAACUGCCCCCGUACGCUACUUUCUCUUUGGGGUUCUCUUUGCUCUCUGUUUUUCAUGCCUCUUGGCUCAUGCCUCCAACCUGGUGAAGCUUGUCCGGGGUAGAGUCUCCUUCUGUUGGACAACAAUUCUGUGCAUCGCUAUUGGUGUCAGCUUGUUGCAGGUAAUCAUUGCCAUUGAGUACGUGACUCUCAUGAUGACCAGGGGUAUGAUGUUUAUGCAUAUGACACCCUGCCAGCUCAACGUGGACUUCGUUGUACUCCUGGUCUAUGUCCUCUUUCUGAUGGCCCUCACAUUCUUUGUCUCCAAAGCCACUUUCUGUGGCCCAUGUGAGAACUGGAAGCAACAUGGAAGGCUCAUCUUCGUCACCGUGCUCAUCUCCAUCAUUAUCUGGGUAGUGUGGAUCUCCAUGCUCCUGAGAGGCAACCCACAGCUCCAGCGGCAGCCCCAGUGGGAUGACCCCGUCAUCUGUAUUGCCCUGGUCACCAAUGCAUGGGUUUUCCUGCUGCUGUACAUCAUACCCGAGCUCUGCAUUCUCUACAGAUCGAGCAAGCAGAACUGCCCUUUACCAGGCAACACCUGCCCAGCCCCAGCCUAUCAGUGCAGCUUCAGAGUGGAGAACCAGGAACUCUCACGAGCCCGAGACAGUGAUGGAGCUGAGGAGGAUGUAGCAUUAACUUCAUAUGGUACCCCCAUUCAGCUGCAGACUGUUGAUCCCACACAAGAGUGUUUCAUCCCACCGGCUAAACCAAGCCCCCAGCAAGAUGCAGAAAUCUAAGUCCACAAGAAACAUGCAUAGUGGAAACCCAGAAGACCAUCCUAAUGUAGCAAUAAUGGGUCGCGGGGGAGCCCAGAGUCAUGCUGCCAACAAAGUACCGGCUCAUCCUUUCUUCCCUGCUUCCUAGCCCUUUCCAUCCAUCUGGACCCUUCAUCAGAAGACUACCCUCUCAAGCAUAAUUACAGUCUUGCUGGCCACCCUACCUUGACUAUGUGUCUCUUUCUUCUUUCGUGCAAUUGAAAGACUCCCUUCGUUAGCAAUGAGAGAACACAUUGGCACCUCUUACUAAUGGGGCUGAAAGACUUUGGUCUGAAAAAAUUAGGGUC